AUGUAUGCAUCAUCAAACCAUCGUCAAAUCAAUCGUAUAUCGAAUCGAUCAGAAAUUGUAUCGGUUCUAGAGAAUGUUUCGCUCAAAAUUCAAUCAAAUUAUGCUAUCCUAAUUGGUUCGCGGGCUGCUCAACAUUGGUUGCCAAACUUUCGACGAAGUUCAAAUGAGAAUAAUACUGAUUGGGAUAUUAUUUGUUCUUCACAUUUUUUAUUAGAUUGGUUACAUAAAAAAGACACUGAAGUGAAGACUAUUGAUAUGAUCAUUCCGAUAUCAAAUGAUAAUGAUUUGUUAGAUCUCUAUGUCUAUGGUACCUUGGAUAGUGAUUUCAACUAUGAUUUUUCUAUUCCUCGAUCAUCUGAAUCCUAUACGGCGUAUCUCUUAAAUAAUUGGGAAGAUUGGACAAGCGAAACGUUUGAGGGUGGCUGGUGGAACAAAAGAAAAAGUUCAUUACAAAAUGGUUCAGCUAAGCUUUUGUUAAUAUUGAAAAAAUUCAUGCUCUACUAUUCACAUCAAUGGGUCAAAACGGCAACAGACUAUCGACAAUUGCUCACGGUUGCUGAUCCAUUGACUGAAAAUGACAGAAUCUUGUGUGAUUUAUUUGUUCAAUACAAUGAAAAAGUGCACGGCAACAGGCCAGAUAAUACCGAUCAGUACGUUAUUUCUCCGUCUAGUACCCACAAAGAUAUAAUCAUCAAACGAGACGAGUUUUUCACACAAAAUAAAGAUCAACAAUUAGCAUUAAUUUAUCAUACAGCAAUGUCAAUGGCAAUCAGUGAUGAUAUUCUCAUUGGUUUGGAAAAAAUUUGUACACAAGGUCCACUCUGGUUAGCCGAUUUUGUGAUUAAUAAUUGGCUUCCUAUUCAUCAUGAAAAAUUCAAACAAAAGAUUAAUCCACCGAAACCCUUGAUAGAAUUCCAAAUAGACAAUUAUCGUUUUUUUUCAGAAAUACCUGAACUAGUCCAACAAAGAAUUCUUCAUAAUAUUACCGAUACUAGCGAUUUUUAUUCGAUGAAAUUGGUGUGUAAACGAUGGUAUGCCAUCAUACGUCAAGAUCUCUUCUGGCGGGAUUUGUAUGUAUCCCGCUAUGGGAAAAUUUCGGCUCGAAUUGAUGAUGUUCGCAGUUGGAGAAUAAUUUACUUUACUAGACUUGAGGAAAACAUUUAUGACGAUCAAGAGGAAUUUCAGAAAUUAGUCGAUGCAUCACUUCAAUUGAGACAAACGAAAGCGGAAGAUAUUGUUCAAUUAUGGGAAGAUUUGACACGUGAAGAUCAACCAGUUAAACCUGAUAUGUUUUCCAAAUUGAAUUACAUUUUAUCGAAUUCAUUUUAUAUUCAAAUGAAGGAAACAUCGGACGAGUAUUUAGUGAAACUAAUUAUUAUUGGACUCGAUGAAGUACAUUCACGAGUGAGUGCUGAUUUGAAAUUACAUAUCGGUGAAUAUGGAAGUUCUCGUUAUACCGAUUAUAUAGAAGAAUUGUCGAUCGAAUUAAUAGAAACUGAUAAUACACACCAUUCAUUGAAAUUUUUCGGUCCAAGUUUAUUUGGGUUUUAUCUAGGAAAAUGGGGAUAUUUUCCUCGUAAAAGCACUCUGCUCACUCAAACUCCUAGCAUUCUUUAUCCUCAAUUUCCAUCUGGACUUCUCGUUUGUCUACUUAUUAUGUUGACGCAUCUAGCUCAUCGAGGUCAAUUUAUUAAAUAUCUAAAAAGACUCGAGAGUCACUGCGCUAGAGUAUAUUCAACUACGGAUUACUGA